AUGUCAACUGAAUCAAUUAGUUUUACUGCCUAUGUUUUUGGAGACAAGGAUGUUGGAAAGACAAAAUUAGUACAAAAGAAUGGUGAUAUUUCAAAUACUAUUCUUGGUGAUAGUGUAUCUAGAACAGUACAAGUAAAUGAAAAGUCUAUUAAUAUUCAAAUUUUUGAAAGAUCAAGUAGAUUAAGUUUAUUUGGUAUGGGACCAAAUUAUUAUAAGGGAGCCAAUGCUAUUUUUGCUGUAUUUGAUUUAACCUAUGCCAACUCUUACAAUAGUGUUGUCAACACUUGGUUGCGUGAAAUCAAAAAGUAUUCAUCUCCACACUCUACCUUUAUCGUUAUUGGUAACAAGAAUGAUCUUCCAAAUCGUUUGGUUGAUGAUGAAUCUGCCAUCAGAGCCAAGAUGAAUGAACAAGGUAUCAAACACUACUAUGAAGUCAAUGCUAUCGAUGGAAGUGGUCUCGAUGAAAUGUUUAAUGCCAUUGUCCCAGACCUACUCGAAAAGAUGGAUUCUUUUAAUCGUGGUUCUUUAGACACCUCUUCAAAUUCAUCCUCAACCAACAUGAUCAAAGAAAUCAAUUCAAAACAACAAUUAAAAAGAGAAAAAGAAUUGGAAAAGAAAACUAGAUUUUAUUUCUUUUAA